AUGACAUCUAGCAACCGAGAGUCUACCACUUCCACUGGAAGUGACGAUAGUUUGGCUGACCUCGCCACGGCCCAGCCAGCAACCACUGCCAGCGAUAAACCGCACGACGGUUGGGUGGUAGUUACGAGGGGCCCCAACAUCGGCCGUGUCGGCCUCGUCAUUAAUAGGAAAUCCAGUCUACUGAGCACAGAACCUACGGGGUGGAGGUACUCUGUGAGACUGAGUGCGCAUAUGGAGAAUGAUCAGAUUGUCAAGGACGCAGAAACAUUGGAAGAUGUCUUCAAGCAUGAUGACCUUCGAAGGCUGCCAGCGCCGCCAUUUAGUGAUUAG